UAACAAUUACAUUAGGUACUUAUAACAUUUACUACACAUACAAAGCCUUACAACUGGUAACACAAUAGUCAUCCGGAAAUGUUUCUGUCUUUUUAGUGUUUGACAGCUUUCAAAGCUAAAGGCUAACCAUGGCUCCGAGGAAAAACAAAGUUGCCAAAGAAGAGGUGCAGGUAACUCUUGGCCCUCAACAUUUGGUUGGAGAGACCGUUUUUGGAGUUGCUCAUAUAUUCGCAUCUUUCAAUGACACAUUCGUACAUGUUACCGACUUGUCUGGCCGGGAAACUAUUGCCCGAGUCACUGGAGGCAUGAAGGUUAAGGCCGAUCGUGAUGAAGCUUCUCCCUACGCUGCUAUGUUGGCCGCACAGGAUGUUGCUGAAAAAUGCAAGACUCUUGGCAUCACAGCUCUCCACAUCAAGCUCCGAGCGACUGGUGGAAACAAGACUAAGACCCCUGGCCCUGGUGCACAAUCUGCCCUCCGUGCAUUGGCACGUUCAAACAUGAAGAUUGGCCGUAUUGAGGAUGUCACUCCAGUGCCAUCAGACUCUACCCGCAGGAAGGGAGGUAGACGAGGACGCAGGCUGUAAUUUCUUAGUUUAAGCUACUGUGGACUCAAUAUAAUGGUUUACAGUUCAA